AUGUCGGGCGUCGACAGUCCCGUUAGAGCGCCCGUGCGCAAGGUCAAGCGCGUCAUCGAGUCGGACGAGGAGGGCUCGCCGUCUCCCGUGAAGGCGAGGAACGGGGCUGAUACCAUGUCGCCGCCAGCGAAGAAAGCCAAGCUAGACAUGGGCUUCUUUCAGCCCAAGAAGGCGUCGCAGAAGUCGCCAUCGCCGAAGAAGUCGGCUUCGCCGACGAGGGAGGUGAAGACCGAGGGGAAGGACGUGAAGAAGACCGAGAUCAAGAAGGGGGCCAACAAGGAGAAGGGGCCAGAGAAGAAACCUGCAGCAAACGGCAAGCCACUAGCGUCCAUCUUCGCCAAGCCUGUCAAGAAGGAAGAGCCGGAGGAUGAGGACAAGGCCUUCAUUAACGAUGACGAGGAAGGUGAGGACGAGAUCAGCGACGAGGAGCUCGAGGAACAGGAGGGGAAGGCUGCGGUCAAGCUCGCUGCCAUGUUCACCAAGGACUUCAAAUCCAACGUUGCCGACAAGGGGUGGAAGGAAGGCGAGCCGGUGCCGUACGCCGCGUUAGUAGCGACUUUCGAGCAGAUAGAGGCAACGACGAAGCGUCUCGAGAUCUUAAACAUUCUCACCCAGUUCCUACGUGUCGUCGCAGAGCGUGACACCGACCCCGAGGCCUCCAACCUCCUCAAAACAGUGUACCUUUGCAUAAACAGGUUAUGCCCCGAUUACGAGGGUCUGGAGCUCGGAAUCGGCGAGACGAUCCUCAUGAAAGCUAUCGCGGAGAGUACGGGCCGCAACGUCAAGCAGAUCAAGGAGGACCUCAAGAAGGAGGGCGAUCUGGGCAAAGUUGCGAUGGCAUCGCGCAACAAGCAGAAGACGCUGUUCAAGCCCAAACCGCUAACUGUUACCUCUGUUUUCCAGCGCUUAACAGCCAUUGCCAAGACAUCGGGUAACCAGUCACAAGCCAAGAAGGUUGGCCUCAUCAACCAGCUCCUCUCGGCGUGUCAGGGCAACGAGGCCAAGUUCAUCAUUCGUAGUCUGGAGGGCAAGCUGCGUAUCGGUCUUGCCGAGCGGUCACUUCCCACCGCGCUUGGACACGCGAUUGUUCUCAAGAACAACGAGGGCAAGAAACUGUCGCCAGAAGUCAUGUCGAAGAAAUUGGAAGAGGCUAGCGUGAUUGUGAAGGCAGUGUACAGUGAACUCCCCAACUACGAUAUCAUCGUUCCCGCUCUGAUGAAGGGUGGUAUCCACCACUUGAGGGAAAACUGCAAGCUCACACCUGGUGUGCCGCUGAAGCCCAUGCUGGCCAAGCCUACCAAGGCCAUCACAGAGGUGCUCGACCGCUUCGAUGGCAAGCAAUUCACGUGCGAGUACAAGUAUGAUGGCGAGCGAGCACAAGUGCACCUCCUUGAGGACGGCACCAUCGCCGUGUUCAGUCGCAACUCGGAGGACAUGAGCGCCAAGUACCCGGACAUGGUUGACCAGAUCCCACGCUGCAUCAAGGAGGGCGUGAAGUCGUUUGUUCUCGACGCCGAGGCCGUGGCGUACGAUCCGCAAGAACAGAAACUGCUGCCCUUCCAGGAGCUCAGCCGACGCAAACGCAAGGACGUGAAGACGGAAGACAUUACCGUCCGCGUCCACUUGUUUGCAUUCGAUCUUCUGUAUUUGAACGGCGAGAGCUUGUUGCAGAAGGAGCUGCGCGAGCGACGUGAGAUUCUGAACGCACACUUCCAGCCCGUCGAGAGCGAGUUCGGGUUCGCCAAGGCCUCCGACAGCUCGAGCACGGAGGACAUCUCGGCAUUCCUCGAAGAGAGUAUCAAGGACGGAUGUGAAGGCCUCAUGGUCAAGCUGCUAACUACCGACGCGUCAACAUACGAGCCCAGCCGCCGCAGCAUGAACUGGUUGAAGCUCAAGAAGGACUACCUCGAGGGCGUCGGCGAUUCGCUCGACCUGGUGGUCGUCGGCGCAUACUACGGCAAGGGCAAGCGGACAAACUGGUACGGCGCCUACUUGCUCGCAUGUUACGACCCAGACUCGGAGAACUUCCAGACAAUCUGCAAGAUCGGCACCGGCUUCUCCGAGGAGCAGCUCAAGGCUCAAUACGAGGAGCUGCACCCACUCGAGAUGGCCAAGCCGCGAGGCGACAUCGAGGUCGGCGGGGCCAAGCCCGACGUGUGGUUCGAGCCCAAGGUCGUCUGGGAGGUGCUCACCGCCGACCUCUCGCUCUCGCCCGUCUACACUGCUGCCCAUGGAUUGAUCGAGAGCCGUGGCAUCUCGCUGCGUUUCCCACGCUUCCUACGCGCCCGCGACGACAAGGACGCCGACGACGCGACGACUGCAGAGCAGGUGGCCGAAUUUUACCAGCGUCAGGCGACGGCGGGGAACAAGAAGGGAGGUGGGAGUGCAGAGGAUUACUGGUGA